GCGUAAAGUCAACUUCAGAAAACUUUUUGAUUUCGGCCCACCCUCAAAAAUAACGGCCUUGCAAGUGUCAACAAAAGUCUCUGCUAUUUUUUUCAAUUUCAAGUAGCUCGUCAAUAAUUAUGGAAAAUUUCUUCAGUCAUCAUAAACACACAGCACAAAAAAUUGAUAAUAAACUUAAAAAAUUAUUAAAAAUAUGGGAGUCUCCUCACGUGUUGUUAAAUGGAUCUGAAAAAAACAGUGAAGAAACUAAAAUUUGUUUGAAAUACAUCAAAUCUCGAAUCGCCUUAGUUCAGAAUGAAUUGAAUGAAGAUAGUAAAAAUAUACCUAAAUAUCUUGAUGAUAUGGAUAAAUUUUUGCAAGAUUGCAGAAUGAUUUCUGAGAAUUUAGAACAAGGAAUAGAUGAUAUUAAAUUAUUAUAUUCUGAAUAUGGAUUUACUCGCCCGCCGAGUGGACUUGAAUCUGAAAUACAUCCAGUAGAUGACGAUUUACCACAAGAAAUUGAGAAUUUUAAUAUCACUUUACAAUCGAAUAGUAUUGACCAGUAUGAAGAUGAGGACGAAGAAAAUAAUUCUUCUAUUUGUAAUCAAUCUAUAACUAGUCCAGGGAAUCCUACUAACGAUGGAACUCAUACAGACGAAACACUUCAAACUCCUGCACGUGUAAUUCCUCAAGAACCUAUUUUUUCUCCUUAUUAUUACUCUAAUUACUAAAUGUUUUUUGUAUGAAUUUCGUUAAGUGCCAAUACAUCCAAUUUUUCAUAUGAACAUAAAUGUGUGUUGAUCAAUUAUUCAUAGAUUAAUGUAAAAAAAAGUUUUCUACAUAAAUAAAAUAUGUAUAUUUAGCUUUCAGCGUUAAAGAAAAAUGAACCUUAGUUUAUGCAUAUACAUAUCUGCUCCGAAACACAUGAUCAAUGUUUUGAAAACUAUAACAUAACCUUACAUUUUACAUAAAGAAUUAUUUUUCUUUAAAAUAAUUUUCAAGAUGAGCCAAAAAUCUUGUAAUUUUCGUGGAAAGCCAGUUUUCGAACGAAUGAACUUCUUAUAUCAGGCGAGUCAAAUUAUGGCUAAAAUUGAUCCAGUAGCAUCUUCUUUCUAUGGAAAUGCGAUGAUAAAUUGCGCUAAAAAAACAGUUUCAAAAAUAGAACCUGAUAUAAAGCGAACUAUGUGUAAAAGCUGCCAAUCUCCAUUAGUAGCUGGAGAAACAGCAAGAGUACGAUUAAUGACAAAGCCAAUAAAAUCUAUAAAAAUAACUUGUCUUCUCUGCAAAACAUCAAAGCGAAUUGUAAAUAAAAAAGAAUAUAAAUUAUGGCUGGAAUGCCCAGAGUCUGUGGUUAAGAUUUUAAAAGAUCCAGAUCCAUCAGAAAAAAAAGCCAAAAACACAAAUUCUACACAAGUGUCCAAAAGAUAUGAUUAAGUCCGCCCAAUGCCCACGAGAUUCUCCAGCCAUUCAACGAAAUCCUUUAACAAAUAAGUUUUAUACAAUUUUUGUCAUUUUUCUAGUUAAAUUUUCAAAUAGAA